GGCUCGCUGGAUGUUUCAAAAUGGCGCUCCUCAAUCUGGCUUGCUUCGUUGCUGGCGGUGCUAACGGUUUAGGUCGCGCCACAGCGCAGAGGCUGGUUCAACAUGGCUGCAGAGUCGUUAUAGCAGAUCUUCCCUCGAGCGAAGGCGACAAAGUUGCAAGUGAUCUGGGAGAGAACUGCAUAUUUGUCCCAACUGACGUUUCAUCUGAAAAUGAUGUCAAGCAAGCCAUCAAAACAGCUGUAGACAAGUGUGGUCCUCUGCGUGUCUCAGUGAACACUGCAGGAAUAAUACAAAUUGCAAAAACAUUGUCUGACAUAGGAGAAGUUCACCCUCUUCAAAUGUUUGAGGAGAUAACAAAGAUCAAUAUGACAGGAACAUUUAAUGUGGCUCGCCUUGCAGCAGAGCAGAUGGCUAAAAAUGAACCUGACAAGGGAGGGGAGAGAGGAGUGAUUAUUAACACAUGCAGUGUUCAUGCUUAUGAUGGACAAUCUGGAAAAGUUGCGUAUGCAGCAACUAAAGGAGCUAUUAAUGCUAUGACGCUUCCUCUCGCAAGGGACCUGGCACCGCAUGGCAUUAGAGUGAAUUCAAUUGCACCAGGUGUGUUUGCUAUCUGUCAUCUAAAUCUGUAUGAGGAUAACCCUUAAUGUGUCAUCAUUUAGAAGGGUGGGGGAAGGGGUGUGUGCUUGUUUUGGUUCUGUCUGUGGGUUUUUUCUUUGGCAUUGAUUCACCACAUAGCAUGUAAAACUCUUUGGCAGUUAGUACAAAGAAA